AUGGCCAGCGAGCCGGACUCCAACCUCCACGCUAACCCGCAGAACGCGUCGAUGCCGCCGCACCCGAACCCCCCCAGCAUCGAAGCAGCCUACAAGCGCAAAUGCAUCGCGCUGAAGAAAAGACUGGACGAAGUCGAGGCUCACAAUGAAGCGAUGCGUCUGCGGAAUGCGCAGGGAAUCAGAUAUAUACAGAAAAUGCGCCUGGAGUCGUGCAUGAUGCUGGAACGGCUCUCCGUGCUCAUGGGCAUGGCUGACGGCAGCGGCAGACAGGGAGAAUCAGAGGUUACGGGGCGUGCAGCGGCGCUAAUGAGGGAGUCUGGCCAUUUGCUAGACGAAGAGCGCUCGAGGGCCGGGCAGAAGCGAUCUGGAGAGGACCUGGAUGCGUUGGGCGAAGAGAGUGAUGACAUGUACUUCCGAGCAGUUACUGACGAUGCUGCGUGGAUGCGCCAGCCACAGGAACGUCCGCUACGACCAAAACGAAGCCGCAAGAGUGAUGAGAGGCCUGCGGGCCACGGCGCCGGCGAUAGUACCAAUAUCAACGAUGCUGGCAACAGCAAUAGCAACAUGGACUCAGUUAGCACAACCUUUCCUAUUUCAAGCUACCCUCCGUCUACAUACUCAACGCCCUUGCAACAUGAACCCCCUAUCCUUCCCCUUCCACGUGUGACACCAUGCCCGGGUUACCGCGGCCCUCCGCUUCCUCCUACACCCAUUCCUACUCCUCUACCUUAUCCUCAUCUUUCUUUUCGAUCAGCUCUAGGGCACUACCAUUUCAAUAUUCCACAUCUACAAGAAUGUCUGGACGCAAUUGAACAACGUGGCAAUCGCUCUGGGCCUCUAUUAACCCCCAUCAACACGUAUACCCCGACUUAUACCCCGGCUAUUACUCCUCCUAGAACAGCAUCCUCUUAUAACAGCAAUCCAACUCCAACUCCAACUACCCAACAAUAUACAGCAGUGCAUCGGCCAACUGACUCAUACACUAUGCAGGUUGACCACCACCAUACCAGCAGCGCGAACCCAUCCGCCAACGAUCUCAGCAGCUUCCCCCCUGCCACUUCGGGACGGGAACCCCCUCAUCGAUAUGUAUCCGCCUUUGAGGCCUUCACUAACUAUAAGAGAGCCAGCUUAACCGAAGCAUUGGUCCGGUCAUACGGUCAGAGAGUUACCGACGAGGACAUCGACCGUGCUUUGGUCAAAGAGUGGGAUGCUCUAGACCCAGCUAAGAAGCGGGAGUUCGGCGAAAGACUUGAAAAGGAAAACGGCGUCUAA